UAUUAGAAUCUGUUUGAAGCAUAUUGAUCUUGAUGUGUAUAAAAGUGUCGCAAAAUCUCUAAUAUAUAACAGUUCAAGCAAACGCAUUUUAGAGAGCAGUCAUCUGGCAAAACAAACUAGAGUUUCGUUGAUCAUAAGAUUGAUUAGUUGAAAUAAACUAGAAAAAAAUCAUCGUCCUUUUAUUUUGUAAAGCAAAAAAAUACUUAAAAAAAUGAAAUUCUUGAUCCUUUUGGUUUUGGUAGCUUCGGUGGCUGCUCAUCCUGGUUACUUAGGUGGUGGUGGUUUAGGUCAUGGUUAUGGUGGUGGUAUUGGCAUUGGUAUUGCUGCGGCACCCGCUAUUAGUUAUGCGGCUCCUGCGGUUAAGGCUGUAGCUGCUGCCCCUGCUAUUUCAUAUGCUGCUCCUGCUAUUGCUGCUGCUCCUGCUAUUUCUUAUGCUGCCCCUGCUCCUGUUGCUGUUGCCGCUCCAGUUGCCGUAGCUGCCCCUGCUCCCGUAGCUGUUGCAGCCCCAGCACCCACCUUAGUUAAAGCUGUUUCUCCUGCUGCUACCAGUUAUUCUACCAUCAGUACUGUCGUUAAUCAUCCUGCCACCAUUAGAACCGUGGCAGUAGCUGCAGCUCCUGCAGUUAAGGUAGCUGCAGCACCUGUAGCUGUUGCUGCACCAGCUCCUGUUGCCGUGGCUGCGGCUCCCGCCAUUUCGUAUGCAGCACCCGCUAUAGCUGCUGCUCCCGCCAUUUCUUAUGCUGCACCCUCCAUCUCUUAUGCUGCUCCAGCCGUUUCAGCCGUCAAAGUAGCUGCUGCUCCUGCUAUUUCAGUGGGUUAUGGUUAUGGUGGUGGUUAUGGUUAUGGUCAUCAUUAAUUUUCUCCUUUUUUACGAGAAAAUUCUAAAGAACUCUCUUUGUAUAUAAACAACCGCCAAGCUUAUAAGGAUUUACGACUUUAGUCAUUCAUUAAAUAUUCUCAUCUUAAUUUUAAGUCUUUAAUGGGCUACAAACAUCUUUGCCCAGAUAUUUAGCAGAAAGAAUCAAAUUGUAUUUAUUAAUUUGUAAGCACUAAUUUUAUAUUUUUUUCCUUUUAAAACUAACUGCCUUUUUAUUUCCUUUAUAACGUAUAUAUUUUAGUUCAAUGAAUUAAUCCCUCCUCAUUUAUAUAUGUAUGUAUGUGUAUUUUAUAGAAUGGCAAGGAAAAAAGUUGAAAUUAUUUAUAUUGUGAUUAUAUAUCAAUUUUAGUUUAUAUUUAAUAAAAUGUUGCAACUUUUUUCAUAAAAAU